GCCCGCGCGGCGUGCGCGCCGUGAUCCCCGCCGCCUCCGCGGAGCCCCAAGCCGCCCACCGGUGACUGCGCGACUGCUGCCCUGCUAGCCGAGCCGUGGAGUCUUGGAUGCUGCCAUGUGGGGCUGCACCUGGCUCAAUGGGACGGGGAGGGGCGAGGAGCCGCCCAUCUGCCAGGACCUCCACCUCGGACUAUCAGUGCUCUCGCUACUCUACCUCACUGUGGGAGUCCCUGUUGGCCUGGGCUACAACGCGCUGCUGGUGCUAGUCAACCUACACAGCAAAAGCAGCAUGACCAUGCCAGAUGUGUACUUUGUGAACAUGGCCAUCGCAGGCCUGGUCCUUAGCACUUUGGCCCCUGUGCACCUCCUCAGCCCCCCCAACUCCAGGUGGGCCCUGUGGAACUUCAGCAGUGAGGUCCACAUCACACUACUGACCCUGUUCAAUGUCUCCUCCCUGGUGACGAUGUACUCCACUGCCCUGCUCAGCCUUGACUACUACAUCGAGCGGGCACUGCCACGGACCUAUAUGGCCAGUGUGUACAACACCAGGCAUGUGUGUGGCUUUGUCUGGGGUGGCGCCCUGCUCACCAGCUUCUCCUCGCUACUCAUCUACAUCUGCAGCCACGUGUCCACCCGGAUCACCGAGUGCUCCAAGAUGCAGGACACAGAGGCAGCUGACGCCAUCAUGGUGUUCAUUGGGUAUGCGGUGCCAGCCCUAGCUGUCCUCUAUGCACUGGUGCUCAUUUCACGGAUCCGGAAAGAAGACACGCCCCUCGACCAGGACUGGAGGCUGGACCCCUCAGUGCACAGGCUUCUGGUGGCCACCGUGUACACACAGUUUGGGCUCUGGACACCUUACUACCUGACCCUCCUGGGGCACACAGUCCUCAUCUCACGAGGGAAGCCUGUAGAUGCAUACUACAUGGGGAUAGUGCACUUUGCAAAGGAUUUAUCAAAAUUUUUGGCCUUCUCUAGCAGCUUUGUGAUGCCACUUCUUUACCGCUACAUGAACAAAACGUUCCCCAGCAAACUCCGGCGGCUGAUAAAGAAAAUGCACUGUGGGCACCGGCACUGCUCCCCUGAUCAGGUAGGGGUUCAGCAGGUGCUGACGUAGAUGGGCCAGCACAGCGGGCACAGCUCACUCUGGGAGUGCUGACUCUGGGGGCCACCGUAGCUAAUGGAGGUGGCCUUUGACACCCCAGGAGCAUGGUGGUGACCAAGCCUGAGGCUUUUGCUUGCUCCCUCCCUCCCUCCUGGAUCUCACGCCUCAGGAGAUGAGAUGACCAUGAGGUAAACUGAAGUUCAACUGAACGCACAGCACUUUGUUACCUUGGAUGCAAUAAUGCUUUCUUCCCAGGAAGAGAUGCACUGAUGCAGAAAUAGUACAAGGGGUGUUUUUCUUGAAGUUUUCUGUGAUUUUCCCAAACAGGCCACUCUCAGGCCAAGGCCAUGUUCAAAGCAACAGGGGCUUGGUGUGAAGAAUAAGCUGCAGUCUCAUUAACUUAUCUGCUUUCUUCUUGAGAUGUGUACAUUUCUCCUAAACAUACAUCUUUAAGGCCCAAGUCCUCAAAACUGAUUUACUUUUAGCCUCCUCAACAUUAGGCUUUCUAAAUGAAGUGAUCAAAAUCUAAAAGCCAGUAUUUAUACUUUGUAUUUUUAAAAUACUUGAUUCCUCACCCCCCCAUUUUUUUGCUUUAUAAAAAGAGAUGUUUGAUAGAAAAAUAACAAGUACUAAAAUAAAGGAGAUAGAGGAAUGCUGACAUCAGACAGGGUAGGUGGAGUCUUCUGUGCUAUGCUGUUGGUGGGACGCAGCUGUGCAGGUGCUGAGGACAGGCUUGCUGGCUGGGCCUGACAGGGUGUGGUAUAGUCACACACAGGAGUGGUUAAAAUAUAUUUUUUAAAAGUGUCAGAUGCAGCUGGUUUUAAACAGGGAAUAAUUAAGUGGCAUUGAAGUUCUCUCCUUAUCCACCAAAUGUACUUGCUACCCCACAGGUAAUAUCAACUGAUUUUUUUCAUUAUGAAUUUGUCCUAAAUCAGUUCCCCAAAGUGUGCACAAAGCUAAAGAAUAUAAAUAAA